CUUGUCAACACUUCUAAAGCUUAUGCUUAUGCCAAAUGACUCACCUUAAUCAUUCUUUUAGGAGCCUUCUGUGCUUUGCAUUGUGCGGAAAUCUCUGGUCCCUCUCUCUCUUAGUUGAUACCGAAAAAUCCAAAGAGAAGUUUUCUUGUUUCUGAUCGAGACGGGUCUUUGGAAUAUUGAUUGGAUAUAAAAGGCAGACGUCUUUGGGGUUCAACUUCAACUGAAGUCGUCGAGGCUUGAAAGGGGUUGUCAUUUAUGGAGCUGAAACUGUUUGAUCCGCAGUCUACGACAUUAGCCCACGUGGGAAGAUUAUACUCGACCCCGUUCAUGAAUUGGAGGGACACUCCGAGUGUCGGGGUCCCUCACUUGUUUUUUUCUUGCAGAGGUUCUUCAGUUAGAGCCGCUUUGUCUAGUAAAUCAAACAAUGCUCAUACAACUUCAAAUGGGGCAUUGAGUUCAUCUGGCCCAGGAGUGACAGAAUCUUGUUUGCAUCAUACUUGCACAACGAACAGCAUAAACUCAAGUGUUUGUUCAAGAGAUCUGAGAGUGCUUGAUGGCUACGAUGAUGAAUAUGGAGGAUUUGUGGUUGAUCCGGACAAACUACCCACCAAUCAAAAUACCUUCUCUUUGAUGCUUCGUUCCUCUCUUUCGCAUUGGAAAAUGAAGGGAAAGCAGGGAAUAUGGCUCGAGUUGCCCCUGCAAUUGUCCGAACUUGUUCCAAUUGCUGUGAAGGAAGGAUUCAGAUACCACCACGCAGAAAUAAAUUACGUGAUGCUGACAUACUGGUUACCGGAAGGGCCAUGCAUGCUUCCUGGCAACGCUUCUCAUCAAGUUGGUGUUGGAGGCCUCGUCAUCAAUGACAAGGGCGAGGUUCUUGUAGUGCAAGAGAGGUACUGUUCUCCAGCAUGUGUUGGUCUCUGGAAAUUACCAACUGGAUUCAUUGCUGAGUCAGAGGAGAUAUUUGAAGGAGUUGUAAGAGAAGUCAAGGAAGAAACUGGUAUAGAUACUGAGUUUAUAGAAAUAAUCGGGUUCAGGCAUGCGCACAGUAUAGCUUUCAACAAGUCAGAUUUGUUCUUCAUUUGCAUGUUAAGACCCCUUUCGACUCAAAUAAUGAUCGAUGAUGAUGAAAUUCAAGCAGCCAAGUGGAUGCCUCUGGUCGAAUUUGUCGAGCACCAACUCAUCCAAGGCGACAGAAUGUUCAAGAAAGUAAUCGAUAUUUACAUUGCUCGGCUGAAGAAACAGUGUUGUGGAUUGUCUGCUCAUCAAUCAGCCUCCAAGUUCGACGGCAGAGAAUCAACCCUCUACUACAAUGUAAUUGACUCCCAAGAUGAUUGUGAAGCUUGCUCAGGCUAGCAGGUCCACCUCCAGGAAGCAGCCGAUGUACGUAGCUCAUUGAUGAUUUUCUGAUCAUGUAGCAUCUCUAGCUUUGCCAUUCGAGAUUUGCCAGUGUCCUAAAAUACUGGAAAUGAUAAGUCAUAGAGGGAUGUAAUUAACAAGUUAUCCAUGGAAUGUAAUUCGUUCUUCUCAUGCG